AUGUUUAACGAAGGAGCUCCCGAGUUUGUUGUUGAUCAAAGCAUGUAUUACCCUGCUCCCACCAAUUAUGGUUUUUACUGUACAGGAUUUGAAUCACCCGGUGAAUGGGAGGACUACCCUAGGAUUUUUGGUGUAGAAGGUCCUGAUAUUCAGUACACGGGUGCGCAAGAUGAAAGUUUUCCAUAUGUAUAUUUCACACCUAGCUAUGGAUUUGCACAGUCUCCAUACAAUCCAUACAAUCCUUAUAUUCCAGGUGCUAUGAUGGGAGUUGAUGGGUCAUUUGGAGGAGCGCAACAGUAUUACUCCCUCCCCAGUUACCAAAACCCUGUUUCUGCGCCAGCUUAUGUUCCUCAUGUUCAAUCAGAACAUUUUCAUGACAGUUCUGUUGAUCCAUUGUUUGAUAACAGUGCUUCUGUCAAUAGACCUGAUGGAAGAGGUACCAUCCAUAAGUUCAGUUCAGCCUCUGCUGCUUUUACUAUGAACUCUUCAAAACCAUUAUCAAAUCAGACAAGUUCCUUAGUCUGGGAACCUGAGAGGCCAAGAGCUGAUGCUUUGGCAAAGAAAGAUUUGACAAAUGGAACUGGCCCUAACAGUGGUUUUCCUAAUGGAAGCGGCCCUAACAGUGGUUUUCCUAAUGGAAGCGGCCCUAACAGUGGUUUUCCUAAUGGAAGCGGCCAUAACAGUGGUUUUCCUAAUUUUGCUUCAUCACCCUAUCAUCAGGCUAGAAGUGCUGAUGUGUCGUUCCAGCCUAAAGAUACUUUUUCCAAUGGAAAUGUUUUGUCACAUCGUAAUCAAUUGAAUGUAGCUGCCCCGAUGAGUAAUGGGUUUUCUGACUAUGGAUUGAAUGCUACUGGACAGUCUGCAAUUGCUAAAUUUCGGCCCAAGGUUCAUGCUGCUAAAGUGCCGGGUGAUUUAAAUAGGGGCAGUGAUGUACUAUUGGGUGAGCUAAAUCGGGGCCCUAGAACUAGUAGGCCGAAACAUCAUAUGGCUAUCAAAGCCUAUACAACCAAGGCAGGAGAUGCCAACACUCGAGAGAACAUUAUUUAUACUGAUCAAUAUAACAGGGAGGACUUCCCUAUUGACAAUGAAAUUGCGAAGUUUUUUGUUAUAAAAUCAUACAGUGAGGAUGACGUUCACAAAAGCAUUAAAUAUAAUGUAUGGUCAUCGACACCUCAUGGAAACAAGAAACUUCAGAGUGCUUAUGAAGAUGCUAGGAGAAAAGCUAUUGGAAAAUCUGGAAGCUGUCCUAUCUUUCUUUUCUUUUCAGUUAAUGCCAGUGGUCAAUUUUGUGGAGUUGCUGAGAUGGUUGGUCCUGUUGACUUCGAUAAGGAUAUGGACUUCUGGCAGCAAGAUAAAUGGAGUGGGAGCUUUCCUGUAAAGUGGCACAUCAUAAAAGAUGUGCCAAAUACCAAUUUUAGGCACAUUGUACUAGAGAACAAUGAGUUCAAGCCUGUAACUAAUAGCAGAGACACACAAGAGAUAAUGUAUAGGAAGGGUCUGGAAGUUCUGAAGAUAUUCAAAAAUUAUACUUUGAAGACAUCUCUGCUUGAUGACUUUAUGUACUAUGAAAACCGACAGAAGGUCAUGCAGGAGGAGAAAGCUAAAUUUCUAAGCAAGAAUUUUGGAAGUUCGUUAUCAAUACCAGCGUCUGAGCCACCUCAAAAGCUGACUUAUGCUUUUGAAAUUCCUCCUGUCAGUGACGAGAAAAAUUCAAAGGCGGAUGAUCUCGAUAGCUUAAAACAUACUUCAAUUUCAAGUGUUGGAGCUACUGUUAAUAGCUCUUGUGCCACCAGCAAUGCUUCUGUGGAUGAAAAGGCUGAGACCGGUGAAGUUGUUAGCCAAGAUAUUUCUUCUGUCCUGAAGAUUGGUUCUGUCACUAUUACCCCCAAACAGGUACCAAUUGAUGUUGUCACAGUAGGCUCAAUGCAAGUUAAAGUUAAUGGAUUCUCCGAGUCUUCUGGUGUUUUAAAGGUUGGGAGUACCCCACUUGAUUCCAGAUCUUUACUGGCAGGCAAAGGAACCUCUGACAUCAACACUGGACCACAACCUUAA